GGCAGGGUGACAUAUAUAGCGCGGCCGGCCUGGCACUGGGCACGGCAGCACCAUGCAGCGGGGCAGUCUGUUCCUGCUGGUGGGGAUCCUCGCCCUCUGGGCCGCGCUGCAGCCUGCGUCUGGGCAGGUCCCUCUAGAGAGACCCGGCAAGUGCCCCACGCCCACGGGUGCUGGGACUUGUGUGGAGGAGUGUGGUGGCGACCAUCAGUGUCCCCAGGGGAAGAAGUGCUGCAGCAAUGGCUGCGGCCAUGUCUGCAUGCCAGGCAUACAGGCAGUGAAGCCCGGGAAGUGCCCUCCUGACUACAUCCGGUGCAUCCGUGCCGAGGAGGACCAGUGCCGCCGCGACGAGGAGUGCCGGGGACAGCAGAAGUGCUGCUACAACGCAUGUGCCCGGCGCUGCGUGGAGCCUGUGCCAGGUACCGGUGCAGCCGUGGCGUGGGCAGCAGGGAGCGGGCAGAGCAGGGAGCCCAGCCCUUGGCUGCAGGCCCGGGGCACCGCUCCGGUGCCAUCGCGCCCCCAGCCCGGGCUGAGCUGCGGUGGGGCCGUGCCCGGGCAGUCUCCUCGCUCCUUGCCGGGCGGUCUCUGCGCAUGGGGCUGGGCCGGGCUGGGGGUGGCCGAGGUGGGGCAGCGCGGCCGGCCUGACACGGAGACGUCUUGCUGCAGACGACCAGCAGCAGGACCAGGGCAGGUGCCCUCCACCCCUGCAGGGUGGGAGCUGUGA